AACUGUGAGCACGUGGCUUAAAGACGGCGCUCUUCUUCCCAAGAGGCACUGCGGUUUUUGUAGAGGUGAAGAUGGCGGGCAGGGCACCCGUUUCAGCUGGCAGUCGUUUGCUUGAGAGAUUUCGCAAAUGGUAUUACAAUGCACAAGGAUUCAACAAAUACGGAUUAAAGCGUGAUGAUAUAAUACAUGAAAGUGAUGUUGUCAAAGAAGCAAUAAAAAGACUUCCGGAAGAUGUAUAUUAUGAGAGAAUAUUUCGCAUCAAGAGAGCAGUCCAAUUGAGUCUGACGCAUGAUAUUCUUCCCAAAGAUCAGUGGACAAAAUAUGAAGAGGAUAAGCCUUAUCUUUGGCCACAUGUGGUGGAAGUCAUGCGUGAAAGACGUGAAAAAAAAGAAUUCAGAGAUAAAUAAUUUUAUAUCAUUUAUUUAAGCAAAUAUUUUCUUUAGAAUGUAAUUUGUUUGGGCAGAGAUUUUGAAUACUUCAAAUGCUGAGCUAGAAUUCUUUGCUUAGUAAUAUUUGGUCAUACGGUUCAAAUAAACCUUACCAAAUCUUUUUGGAAUCCUGUUUCCUAAGCUGCAAAGAAUUGGUUAAAACCUUUUCAGCCACAUUACAUGUUGACGUGAUCUGCAAUCUUCAUUCCAGUUGUUUGAGUAAUUCUUUUUAUCAUAAUACAGAUGUUUCCUGCAGUUGGGAAAAUAGAUAAGCAACUAUCCCUUUCUUUUCCAACUCUUUUUUUUUUUAAAAAGAGAUGCUUCUGUGCGUAAUGAUUGUAUAUUAUCUUGCCCUAGAAAUGGAAAUAGAGGCAUGAAUGUUAUGUCAGUGAUGCAAAAUCAGAAUUACAUAGUUCCCAUCAUAUCUUCUCAGAAGGAUGGAAUGCUCUAUUGAUACAUUUUUGAAAUCUGUAGUUCCUGCCAACUUUCAAAUAAAGCCAGUCACAUAAUCUGAAUUAAUCACUUAAUGAAUUUACUAAAUAGUUGAAUGUAAAUUCAGCCUUGACAAAUUACUUCAACAUACCAUGGGUUAAGUUUGGCUAAAGAUCUCAUUAAACUCAAUUCAUAUUGGCAUUGAAAAAUUUCAAAAUUUGGUUAUUAAAAUUGAAACUUGUACUUUGUAAAGGAUUGGUCUCCCACUGGUAGUUAGUUAUUAUUUGCAAUGGGGUAAACUCUAAACAUGAAUGGAAAUAUUUGUAAAAUGGAAGAAAAUCAGGAAUGCAUUCCCUACUUUUUCUCUAAUGCCUACAUUAUAAAUAUAUAUAGCAAACUAUAUAUUAUCAUUUAACUGGAUAAUAUCAAGUGUUUUUUUAAUUUCUGAACUACACAACAAUUUGUUUAGAAGCUGGGAAUUAGGCACAGUAUUGUAAUAUGCUUCCAAGAAUUACCUGGAUUAUGAAAUCAUCUUUAUUUCCUAAGAAAUGUAUGAUACUGCUUAGCUACAAAACUGGAAAUUGUUUUAGGGCUAUAUAAAUUGGAUUUUAUUUAUCUGUGUAAA